CCCUCUCCCGGGCAUCCUCCCUGGGCUGCCAGGAGGCGGCGGCGGCGGAGGAGGAGGAGAAGGAAAAGGGGGAGAAGGCGGAGAGCAGGAACGCGAGGAGGUGGACCUGGAUCCGUUUCUCCCGGCCAGGACCCGAGCGGCCCCAGCUACCGCUACCCGCAGGCGCCGUCCCCUAUCCAUCAGCCCUCCUGCGCCCACUCACGACCCCAGGCUCUCUGCGCGUCGGGCCGGGGCCAGAGCCGCACGGCCGGAGGUUUAUCAGUGUCCUGUGACAUCAGUCCUUUUGGGGAGCGGGGAGGCAGAGGGGAACAGACAACCUGGUCUCCUGGUGAUGCUCACACUGUGCUGAGUGUUGGUGGCCACCAAGAAUUUUGCAUCCUGGGGACGAAUCCUGAGCUUGCCAGAGACGGACGUCGCAAGGUCCGGCCUCUGUUUCCCCGUGAGGAGCAGCCGCAGCCCACCGAGAUGUCCCGGCACCACAGCCGCUUCGAAAGAGAUUACCGGGUGGGCUGGGACCGCCGCGAGUGGAGUGCCAACGGAACGCAUGGGACCACCAGCAUCUGCAGCGCCACCGCCGGGGCGGGUGGCGGCACAGCCAGCAGCCUCAGCGCCCGGCCCGGCCUUCUGCCGCUGCCCGUGGUGCCCUCCCGGCUGCCCACGCCCGCCACGGCCCCCGCACCCUGCACCACCGGGAGCGGCGAGGCCAUCACCAGCCUCGUGGCCAGCUCUGCCUCCGCCGUCACCACCAAGGCCCCCGGCAUCUCCAAAGCAGACAAUCAGUCCCAGGGACUCACGACCAGCAUCCGGUGGGGGCAGACGCCCGUCAAUCAGUCCACGCCCUGGGACACUGAUGAGCCGCCCUCCAAACAGAUGAGGGAGAGCGACAACCCAGGCACAGGGCCGUGGGUGACCACAGUGGCCGCCGGGAGCCAGCCCGCCCUGAUCGCACACUCCUAUGGAGUGGCCCAGCCUCCCACCUUCAGCCCGGCUGUGAACGUCCAGGCCCCGGUCAUCGGGGUGACCCCUUCGCUGCCUCCCCACGUGGGACCCCAGCUCCCGCUGCUGCCUGGCCACUACUCGCUCCCACAGCCGCCCUCCCAGCCACUGAGCAGCGUGGUGGUCAACAUGCCCGCCCAGGCCCUGUACGCCAGCCCGCAGCCCCUGGCUGUCUCCACCCUGCCCGGCGUCGGCCAGGUGGCCCGCCCGGGACCCGCCGCUGUGGGCAACGGCCACAUGGCAGGGCCCCCGCUGCCUCCACCACCGCCGGCCCAGCCGUCUGCCGCUCUCCCCGGCGGUGCCCCGGCCACCAACGGGCCCCCCACGUCAGACUCGGCCCACGGGCUGCAGAUGCUCCGCACCGUUGGCGUGGGGAAGUAUGAGUUCACCGACCCCGGGCACCCCAAAGAAAUGUUGAAGGAAUUGAACCAGCAGCGCAGAGCGAAAGCGUUUACAGACCUGAAAAUUGUUGUUGAAGGCAGAGAGUUUGAAGUCCAUCAAAAUGUUCUAGCUUCCUGCAGCUUGUAUUUCAAGGACCUGAUUCAAAGGUCGGUGCAAGACGGCAGCCAGUGCGGCCGGGAGAAGCUGGAGCUCGUCCUGUCCAACCUGCAGGCUGAUGUCCUCGAGCUGCUGCUGGAGUUUGUCUACACGGGCUCCCUGGUCAUCGACUCGGCCAAUGCCAAGACCCUGCUGGAGGCGGCCAGCAAGUUCCAGUUCCACACCUUCUGCAAAGUCUGCGUGUCCUUUCUUGAGAAGCAGCUGACGGCCAGCAACUGCCUGGGGGUGCUGGCCAUGGCUGAGGCCAUGCAGUGCAGCGAGCUCUACCACAUGGCCAAGGCCUUCGCGCUGCAGAUCUUCCCUGAGGUGGCGGCCCAGGAGGAGAUCCUCAGCGUCUCCAAAGACGACUUCAUCGCCUACAUCUCCAAUGACAGCCUCAACACCAAGGCCGAGGAACUGGUGUACGAGACCGUCAUCAAGUGGAUCAAGAAGGAUCCCAUGUCCCGCGCAAAGGACGCGGCGGAGCUCCUGGCGGUGGUCCGCCUCCCCUUCAUCCACCCCAGCUACCUGCUCAACGUGGUCGACAACGAGGAGCUGAUCAAGUCGUCCGAAGCGUGUCGGGACCUGGUCAACGAGGCCAAGCGCUACCACAUGCUGCCCCACGCCCGCCAGGAGAUGCAGACGCCCCGGACGCGGCCCCGCCUCUCAGCAGGUGUGGCCGAGGUCAUCGUUUUGGUUGGGGGCCGUCAGAUGGUGGGGAUGACCCAGCGCUCGCUGGUGGCCGUCACCUGCUGGAACCCGCAGAACAACAAGUGGUACCCCCUGGCCUCACUGCCUUUCUAUGACCGCGAGUUCUUCAGUGUAGUGAGUGCCGGGGACAACAUCUACCUCUCAGGUGGGAUGGAAUCAGGGGUGACGCUGGCCGAUGUCUGGUGCUACAUGUCCCUGCUCGAUAACUGGAACCUCGUCUCCAGGAUGACGGUCCCCCGCUGUCGGCACAAUAGCCUUGUCUACGAUGGGAAGAUUUACACCCUCGGGGGACUUGGCGUGGCGGGCAACGUGGACCACGUGGAGAGGUACGACACCAUCACCAACCAAUGGGAGGCGGUGGCUCCUCUGCCCAAGGCAGUGCACUCGGCCGCAGCCACAGUGUGUGGCGGCAAGAUCUAUGUGUUUGGGGGUGUGAACGAGGCGGGCCGAGCUGCGGGCGUCCUCCAGUCUUACGUUCCACAGACCAACACGUGGAGCUUCAUCGAGUCCCCGAUGAUUGACAACAAGUACGCGCCAGCCGUCACCCUCAACGGCUUUGUUUUCAUCCUGGGCGGGGCUUAUGCCAGAGCCACCACCAUCUACGACCCUGACAAGGGAAACAUUAAGGCAGGUCCCAACAUGAAUCACUCUCGCCAGUUCUGCAGUGCCGUGGUGCUCGACGGCAAGAUUUAUGCAACGGGAGGCAUUGUUAGCAGUGAGGGGCCUGCCCUGGGCAACAUGGAAGCCUACGAGCCUGCAACCAACAUGUGGACCCUGCUCCCCCACAUGCCCUGCCCCGUGUUCAGACACGGCUGCGUCGUGAUAAAGAAAUACAUUCAAAGCGGCUGACAUGAGCGGAAAGCCCACGCUGAGGCUGUGGACAGACACGUCGGGUGAGGCCCAUCCUACUCACAAAGAUCAACUUCCAGCAACACCAAUCAGAGGCCAACCCACACGAGCAAGGAACUCACUGCGCUAAACAUUUUGAAUACUCUCUACAUUGAAUGUAGGAAAUCAUCCUCGCCUUGGGGGGAAAUGAGGGAGCAGCCUCCAAGCAGCAGGAACCUUGACCUUCGACCUUCCGGGCGUGAGCAAGCGAGCUGGGCCCUGGGGCUCCUGCAGACACACUUGCUCUGAAUGGAGGCGCUCACUCUGCCCGGUGCAAUAGAGUUUCACAUAUUUUUUAACUGGGAGAGAGAAGCUGUUUUUUCCUUCCUGCAGAGCAAGCUUGAUCCCCAGCCAACCAUAGAUCUGUUAUCCUAUGACAAUAUUAGGCGUCAGGCUCUCUUGGAGUAAGAUCAAAGUGUCCUUUUCACUUUGAUGGCUGCUUUUGUUUUUAACCAAUCGACACUUUCAGUGGCCGAGGGAAAACAAGGGACAAGCCUACGUGUGGGGCACGAGGCCUAGGAGGCUGCUGGUCCCCACUGGGUCGAAGAUGAGUCCAGCCACCGUGCGGAGCCAGAUGUGACUGGAGCAGCGCUGCAGGGGCAGCUAUGGGGACAACUGGGGAGAGCCGUCUGUCCCUUCACAGGGUUUUCUACCAUGUUUUUGCUGGAGAAGGACAAGGUGAUUGUGCUAGCUUUCUGUUAUCCGAUAAGAAUUAUUUAGAUUUCCAAGGCAUUUUCUUGAUACACAAAGGCUAUUUUUAAGUACCGGGAGAAGGAGACGGCCACAAGAGGGAUAACGUGGGAAUUCCCAAAGCUCUUUGCAGGGAGUGCCAACGUGGGGCAUUUGCUCUAAUUUUUCUAUGUGCAGAACAGAGGAUCUCUCCUGGCGGGGGGCGGGGUGUGGAUGCCCCCAUUUUAUUUUUAGAAAAAAUAGCUCCCAGACAGCCCCGUAAAAGCCACGCCUUGUGGAGGCAUUGUCAGAGAAAGACGAGUCUGUUCCAGAAGGAAAGCAGUUCUGCCUCACGGCACCAGCCCAGCUCCCUCCACGAGGGAAAGCUGAGGACCCAGGCCAGGCUGGAGGGAAAGAGGGAGAAUACAUGUCUACAAAGCACAGGAGACUAUUUUUGAUAUUUAUAGCUAUAUAUUCAGGCACCUGCCACAAAGAGCUCUCAGGAUGGGGACAGCCUUCUCAGACGAGCCGGGACAGCCAAGGCCUAAGGGGCAGAAGCAGAAUCACUCUUCUAGUAGCAUCUUAAGCCAAGCAAGGGGAGCCAGGAGGGAGGCCACCCGGUGGCUCACAGAGAAAGGCCUUCCCACUAGUCCUCAGACCCUCAAACCUCACGCGGUGACCAGUUGCUAUUCCAGGGCACGAAGGAUGCGGCCGCCACUGCUGCGCUGUUUAGGUGACGUUGGUACCAAAUACACAUUUACCAUUUUUAUAUCUGGGAAGUCGACUUGCCGUCAUUUCAUCAUGAAAACCAUUUGUAAGGAGAAAAGGACAAGACACGCUUUCCAUCUUUCAGUAUUUGAUGACACAAAGUCCCAAUACUGGGCAUCAACUUCUAGCACUACAGGUGUGGCUCCCACUUGGACAAGAUACCGAGCUUCGUUAUGCAGUUUUUAAUAUUAUUUAUUCUUUUAAAAAAGUAAUAAGCACAAAACUACAUACGUUGUAUGUCAUUUAAAGUAUUUAUGUCAAACAGGGUGCAAGUGUGAACCCAAGGACUGGAGCACAAGUGUCUAACUGCCUGGGGCAGGGCGGAUGUCAGCGUUGGUGUGCGUCUGCCUCCAAAGGAGGUGCUAGUGGUCAGCGAGACUCGACACAGAUGACAUUGAAAUCCCGUUUCUCUCCUCAGCUAUCACACUGGAGCAAAACUGGCUAUUUCUGUGAAUGAUAGAAAACAGGGUUCUCUGUAAUGGUAUUGUACAUAGUAUAUGUUUAUUGUUAAGUUCUUGUUAUAUUAUAAUAA